AUGACCGACGACGUGGUCAAGGACGAGAACUGCGAGCGCAAGGCGCAGUGGCGCGUCACGGUCGACGACGUCCUCCUGACGCAAAACUUCUUUGGCCUUGGCGAGAACAGCACGGGCGGUGCGCUCUGGGACUCGUCGCUCGUCCUCUGGGCCAAGCUCCGGACAAUGGCGAUCGCAAGUCGCACCGUGCUCGAGCUCGGCUCGGGGGUCGGGUUCCUCGCCAUCAAGAUGGCAUCCCAGGGCGCUCACGUCGUUGCUACCGACGGCGACAUUGAAGCGAUUUCCAUCUUCCGCGACAACGUUCAGCGCAAUGGCUUGCCGCCGAUCCCAGCCCACCACUUGUCUUGGGGUGACGCCGCGUCGCUCGCCGCCUUCCACGAGACAUACCCUUCAACGUCGUGGGACUACCUCGUUGGCGCCGACUUGAUCUUCAACGCCGACUACCACGACGCGCUGCUGGCAACGUUGGUGGCUGUCGUCGUGCGCCCCGAGACGCGCGUGUUGCUCGCCUAUCGCGUCCGAGACGAAGACAAGGAGGCGAUGUUUCUGGAGAAGGUCCAAGGUCCAUUUGUACUUGUGGAGAGCGAAGAGGUCGGUGAGACGGGGAUCGUCUAUGUGGAGCUUCAAAAACGGUGUCUCGUCACAAAACUAAAGACCGAAACGAACUCGUCGAUGCGGUCGAGGACUGCGGUCGCACCGUCCGUGGCCCAGGCGCUCAUGCCAGAGACUGCGCAUCGACGUGCGUUUGCGCUUCUCGGGGUGCUGUACGUGCUCGUUUCGCUCAGCGUAGGGCUCUGGUACCUCUCUCUCCUCGCGCCGAGCCUCGCCAACGACUUUUGGUGGGCGGGGUAUGCGCCAACGCGCCACGAAGCGUUCCUUGUCGACGUGAUCAACGCGCAGCUAAUGCUCACCCGUGCAAAUGCCCUCGAUGUGUACGCCGCCGAUGCGACUGUCCACAAGCGCUACGCGUCACCGACGGCAACCACGAACGUGCCGCCAACGUACGCGCGGCGCAUUCUCUUGAGUGAGCUUCAAUCGAUCGAGUACGCGGUGCCGCAGCUGCGUCUUCUCAGCGCGCGCUGGUCCAUGCGCAUGUGCGUACAGCAUUGCUGGGUCGACUUUAACAGGACGUUUCAAGUCGCCCACACGGAAGCACGCCAGCGCCGGUGCGAAGACAAGUAUGGGACAAACGCAGCGGUCUACAUGGAAGCCACAUUGCGCAAUGUCGUGUGGACCGACUAUGUCACCGUCUGGGGCGGUGAGAACGGCCCAUUUACCGUCGCUUUGGAGCUCGCUCUGCAAGAGACCAGUCGCGGUCAGUCCUUCCUUUCCAGCGUCGCGACGGCGCGCGCGACCACGUCGGUGGCCGACGAACUCGCCUACUGGCGACGCCAUGCGAUGCGUUCGUUUGAGCUGCAGUGGCAGAACCGGUAUCGGCCGGGCGUGAGCGAGACCAUGGUCCUGCAGAACGCACUGGGGAUGCCACAGCUUCUGACGCUCAAGGAUAUCCCGCAAGGCGCCGGGCCAUGGACGUCGGUGAUCCUCUUUUGGCUACCGCUCAACGACCUCUGGCAAAAUCAAGUGCUCAACCGCAGCCUCAUUCGAGGCUCGUCGCGCUAUUUUUUGGCCAACAUCUCGGCGGACUUGCCGGCUCUCGACAUCGAGGUCAUGCACGGUGACACGACGGUGCCCGGGCAGUUUGUCGCUCAAGCCGCUCAAUUCCGUGCCCUCAUUGGCCCUUUUCAGAGUAUUGAUUGCCUUCAUGUUGCUGUGCCACACUCCCUUUUAACGGCGGUCGCCGCGCUUCGCGUCGCGUCGGCCAACGACGUAGCUGCUCUGGUACCGCCGACAACACCCAUUCAACUGCUGCCACUGACAUGGCACGGCCACAGCUAUUACGGCGGCAGCCCGCUGUGUGUUAUGUUGCCAAACACGUCGUACGUGCAGCAGUCGUUUGAUUUUACGAACGACUGCUCGUCGCCCCAACCGCUCGAAGUCGUACUUGACCCGCUCGCGCUACUGGUGGCACGCGUGGCCAGCGCCACUGCAUUCUCCAUCGAGACUGCGUGCGCUGCGGCAGCGCCUUUGUCGGUACCCACGUGCAGGGCCGCGCUCCAGAGCGUCGAUGCGCUCUAUGUCAAACACGUGGCAACCGCGGAUUGGCCGGCCGCGCAACACGAUAUUGGCCUUGGUGUUGGGCUGAUGCAAUAUGCCACGACCGCGACUGGCGCAUGGCGCGUGCUUCGACAGCCACUACUGGAGCCGAGCUUUGCUUUUUUCGGCUGGAUGUUUGUCACCGACUGGGCGCUGGGGCGUCGAGAAGUCCUCUCGUUCCAAGGCGACGUCGACAGCGUACCAUUGAUCUCGAACGUCGAAGCGCCGCUGGUGUACACAACAGGCACGCAAGAGCUGCAGACAGCCACGCAGAUUCUCUUCUACCUCGUUGUCGUCACGUCCAUCGUCUUGACGAGCGUCGGCGGUGUCGCGCUCGCGUAUGCAUGCUACGCGCGACGGGGCUUCCAUGGCGCCAACCUCUUUGUGUUCAAUCGCGUCACGAGUGCGGUUUGGCUCGGUCGGCCGCUCACCUUCUUGCGCGCUGCCUCGGCGACACUCCUCCUGAGCUCUGUGCAUACCUCGCUCGAGACGUCGGCGGCGGGCACAUCGCGCUUGGUCGCGACGCCACGCCACUGUAUAGUCGCGGCCGUCGUUGCCGGUGAAGCUACAUGGCUCACGUACGUUCUCAACGAUCUUUUGGUUCUUCUCACGCAGCAACGUACGCGGGAGUCGAGCUUUUUUGCGAGCACGCUCGCGUGGGGUGUCCUCUUCUUGCUCGACUUGAUCUCUCCGAUUCAGGUGACCGGCGUCCUCGACCGCCACUGCGUCGGCACCAACAUGGACUAUUCCGUCUCGUGCACGAGUGGGGUCCUCUAUAUGGGCAGUUCGACGCGCGUAGCAGUGAUCGCUACGAUCCAAGUCGGAAGCGUCCUGCUUUCGUGGACGGCGCUGACGCUCUGCUCGCCCCACCGGCCCAUAUUGCCGGGACCACUGCUCUUAAAUGGACUAGCCGACGCCGUCUUGACGCUGGCCCCCGGCUCGUCGUCAGAGCAAUGUGCGAUGGACCAUGUCGCAUGCGUCCUUGCCGGAGUGCUCCCGUUCCGUCUACGCGGUCUCAAGUAUCUGUUCGACAUCAAGCUCUGGGUGCUCGUCCGAGACACGCUCUCGACGUCGCCGCAGGUCGUCGUCUUGCCACGUCCGACGCUGCGCCAACGCACACCCGUCGAUGGCCCCGCCCCGACACUCAUCGAGCUCGUGGACAAGCCGUCCGUUCGAUGGCGUGUUGUGCGUCGCAUUGUCGGGCUCAGCUAUGUCGUAUCCUCGAUUGUGAGCUCGAUCUCGUAUCUCAGCAUCUCGCAAGUGAACCUCUCCAACGAUCUGUUCUGGGCGAGCUUCAACAGUACGGGCGCCCACGCCUUCUUCGCCAACUGGCUCAACGAGCAGCUCAUGCUUGGCACGACAGCGGUGCCCGCGCUCGAGUUGACGGCACCGCGCGUCACGCUUCCAACAUCGUUUGCUGCAGCGUCGACGGUGGUGACGUCGCCAGCCAACUAUGGCGCCCACCUCCAGCACACGCUGCUCGAUUCGAUCGAAGCGUCCAUUGGCGGUCUUCGUCGCUCAAACGGCUGCAGUGCGCCCUGGAUCUUUUCGCCGUACUGCUAUCUCGACUUGGAAGCGCGAUGGGAGAUGGCCAACUCGGCCGCGCGGCAGUGGCGCUGCCGCACCAUGCGGUCGAAUGGCGCCGUGUACCUCGAAUCCGUUCUUCGCAAUACAAAUCUCGCGUCGCUAAACGCGUGCUGGGGCCAGCGUUUGGAGACGGCAAUCCUAGCGGACUUGCGUCGUUCGUCGGCCGGCCAAACGUGGAUCGACACCACCUUUGACGCGUCGCUCUCGGUCGAGGAUGAAGCGGCCUACUGGCGCGCACAGGGCCUCACGCACUUUAGAACACAGUGGCAAAACUACAAGCGCAUUGGUGUCCAGAGCAGCUACUCGAUUGGAAAUGCAUACGGCGUCACGUACCCGCUCAAGCUCGCUUCGCAAGAGACAACGUACCGGCUUGGAAUGCAAACGUCGUUCAAAAUGUACUGGGCACUCGCCAACGAUCUGGACGCCAUCGAUCGCAACACGUCUGGCAUCGGCGGUUCGAGCCUGCUGCGACACAGUGCCAACUACGCCUUUGCCAACACGAGCUUAGCUGCUGUGUAUGCGCUCAACGGGUCCUUGCCACUGCCAUUGCCUCGGAGCUUGUCGCUGACUGCCUCGCAAUUGGGGCCCUUUGGGUCCAUCGAUAUGCUGUACGUUGCGCCACCGCGGGCACUGCAGCGCCUUGUCGCGACGAUCACGGACCGCACGCGCACGUUGCUCGCAACUGACCGUGCCGCCAAAGCCGCGUAUGAUGCUAUCACGCCCCUCGACGCCUCGUACCCGGUGCCCAGUGCGUGGAUCACCGCCAGCUUUGCGGCGUAUGGCAGCUCACCGCUCUGUCCCGAGCUCAGUUCGGGGCAGCUCAUCUCCGUUGGGCUCGUCAACUUGCUCUCGUACGAUGCGACGUGCAUGGCGCACUCGGGCAUCGUGUCCAAAGUGCAGCCGACGCGCCAACAGUACAUUGUCAGUGCGCUUCUCGCGCAGCUCGCUAUGAGCGACAACUACACUGCCGUGUGCCGUCAUGAGCCGUCGUAUCUGGCGGCGUGUCUUGUCUAUCUCAACGCGACGACGUCGUUUGUGCACACCAAUCUGAACCCCUCGGAUUUGGCGCCAAACGUGCUGCAAGUGCGCGACCUUGUGCGCGCCAUGAACGUCUCGUUCAUGCUGUUUACAGCGGCGUCGACGGCAGGCGCGCCACUACAGCUUGUGACGGUCAACCUCCUCGACGUUGACGAAGCGGGCUUUGCGUUUUUCGCUUAUCUUUUUCUCUACGACUGGGUCGUUGGCAUCCGACAAGUGGUCACGUUUCAAGGCGAUAGCGGCGCACUCACGCUCAUUACGGACGUCCAAGCGCCACUGAGUCAGCCGCCACAGGCGUCCGAGAUACCGAGAAACAUUGCCCAGUACUUUCGGUCUGGCGUGCUCUACGUCACGUGCGUCAUGAUGGCGAUUGCCGGUCUCGCGACCCUGUACAUGCUCGCUUCCCACGGACAGUUUGAGGGCUGGAACAUGGCCGAGUUGGGUCGUGUCGGUGGCAUUGUAUGGGUCGGCCGUCCGCUGCUAUUGCUCCGUGCGAUGACAGCGCUCUGCGUGCUUGCGACUGCGACGAUCGAGCUGACGUACGCGGGGUCUAUGAGCGGCUUUGCAACGACCUACGAUCCGUGGUACAAGACGCUUCUCGCCGCCAACGAAGUGACGUGGCUUAUCACGAUCGUCAACGAUGUUCUUUUGGUGGCCACUGGCGAUUACGCAGCGUACUAUGUCACGCUCAAUAGCUUUCUCGUCUACGCCGUGGUCGCGGUGAUCACGCUCGUGUCGCCCGUGACACCCGCCGCGUCGAUCGAUUUGCAUUGUGAGCUAUACCAAAUGGAUGCGUUGGUCGUUUGUGACGCCGGCACAAUCUAUAUUGGCCGCAUUGAGCGACUGGUGUUGCUCUUGGCGACUGUGGUUGUCUCCCAUGGUGUGUGCUACGUCAUUGUGCGUCGUCAUGCGACGCCGAGGACGCAGGUGCCGUCCCUCUUCCUCUCGUCGGGUGCCAAGUAUCAAUUUACGCAGACAGAAUGGGUCCUGCAUGACACCUACCACCUCGACCGAGCCUCGGCCGCCCUCGACGGACUCCUCACACUACGUGUUCACGCCCACAUGAUCUUGCUCGACAUCAAGACGUGGCGGACUUUUGUGCUUCCUACAAAGAGUGCCGCAGACACUUCCAUCGCCCUCGCGGCUGCUGUGCCGUUGCUCGAGUAGAUACUGUCGUAGAUCAUGACGACAUUUGGUUCUGGUCUCAUCGAUCGGACGUGCACUCAACUGGUACCGGCCUCGACUCUUUUGGUGGACAUCGUCAUAAGCCUCGAUGCAUAAGCCUUGAAGCACGAAUCAUAUCGAUUGCCAAGCUACCACAAUUAAUCACAACACGGUGGAGGAGUAGCUCAGGUCUAGCGCUCCGAUGUGUUGGUUUUUGGC